UUGAUUUUAUUUUUUAAAUAUCAAGGUGACCAUGCUGUUCUGUGUGUCAGAAUCAAGAACGUAGCAGUAGCUGUGACAAAAGCAGCUAGACUUCACCUGUUUCAAGCACAGGAAUGGCAGAAGCUGCAGAAUGACAUCGAAGAUCAGAGCUGUACAGAGAAGUUCUCCAAAGCUCAGCUGACAAUGACUGUGAACCACACAGAGCAAAAUCUGACAGUGUCCCAGAUUCCUUAUCCGGAAACAUGGUAUGUGUUUUAUGUAGACAAGUUUACCUGCGAGGAGAAUUAUUCUGAAUCCGAGGAUAUUCAGUUUGAAAUGGUCUUACUAAACCCAGAUGCAGAAGGCAAUCCAUUAGAUCACUUUAGCGCAGGGGAAUCUGGUUUACAUGAAUUCUUUUUCCUGCUUGUCCUAGCAUACUUCAUAACUGCUUGCAUAUAUGCGCAGUCCCUAUGGCAAACACUUAAGAAGCGUGGACCUAUGCAUACUGUAUUAAAGGUGUUGACAGUUGCAUUACUGUUGCAGGCUGGUUCAGCUUUUGCCAACUACCUGCAUUUCUCAAGCUAUUCCAAAGAUGGAAUAGGAGUACCUUUUAUGGGAAGUCUGUCAGAAUUGUGUGACAUAGUCUCACAGAUACAAAUGCUAUAUUUAUUGUUGAGUCUGUGUAUGGGUUGGACAAUAGGCAGAAUGAAGAAAUCUCAUGGCAGACCUCUUCAGUGGGAUUCCACUCCAGCAUCUACUGGCAUUGCUGUAGUAGUUGUCAUUACACAGACCUUUUUACUAAUCUGGGAGCAGUUUGAAGACACGAAUCACCACAGCUACCAUUCACACCAUGGCUUAGCAAGCGGACUGCUUAUUGUCCUCAGAGUUUGCCUAGCUUUGUCACUGACUGCUGGUCUUUACCAGAUCAUCACAGUGGAGAGAAGCACACUGAAAAGGGAGUUCUAUAUCACCUUUGCCAAAGCCUGCAUUCUCUGGUUUUUGUGCCACCCAUGUCUUGCAACCAUUGCUGUAAUAUUCAGAGAAUAUCAAAGAGAAAAGGUUAUUACCAUGGGUGUUAUCCUCUGUCAGUGUAUCUCCAUGGUUGUCCUCUACAGACUUUUUCUCUCUCAUAGUCUAUAUUGGGAAGUAUCUUCACUGUCAUCAGUGACAUUGCCACUAACAGUAUCCUCUGGACAUAAAAAUCGACAUUACUUCUGAGAUGUUUAGGAAGAGGACCUUCUGUAAUAAAUGUGCAAUAAUGACUUAAAUAUACACAGGUGUGUCAUACAUUGGUUUCACUGGA